CUCAAAGGAAACGAAGAUAACCUCUUUAAAUGCAAACUGCAGACGUGCAGACCUAAAAGGCUACGUUCGUAUAGGAAUAUUUACGGAAGCCUCGUUUCAGAAGAUCAGCUAUUCUUAGUUUUGUUUAUAUUAUAUUCGAUACAAGACACAGAAUUUUUCGCAAGUUUUUUGAGGAUUAUUGUUUGCCAAUAAUAAUCCCCAUCGUGACAUGUCUUUCGUCAAGAAGGGAAACAAGGUUUUUUUCGUGUCAGGAAACGAUGUGGCUUUGAAUGACAUGGUAAAUUUGAUUGCUACGAUCAUGCAACGUAUUGGAGAUUCCGGUAAAUUGCAAACUGGGAGUUUGUUAGAUAUAAAGAAGGAAAGUCACAAUGCAUCUAUCUUUGAUAUUGUCAUUGCCAUUUUUAAACAACCAUGCACGGAUGAGGAUUUCUUAAUAGAAGCAUUGAGAAUUCUGAAACCUGAUGGUUCGCUUGUUAUUUAUGAACCACUGCCAGCAGAUAGAAAAUCAGAUACAAUACUUACGUAUCCUGAAAGAAUAUCUAGAUUAAAAUUAUCUGGCUUCAAAGUAAAAGAUACAGAACGGAAGACCUUGGAGAGAGAUCCGGAGGGCCUUUAUUUUUUACUAAAAGUGUAUAACAGUAUAAAAGACGUUUGCAAAGUAUCUGCGAGUAAACCACCAUUUGAGGUGGGUUCGAGUAUUCCCAUUUCAUUUGCAAAAAAGCAAACUAAUGUAUGGAAAUUAGAUGACCCGGUAGACGAAGAUUUAAUAGAUGAAGAUGAACUUUUAGAUGAGUCAGAUCUUGUAAAGCCAGCUGCAUCAUCCUUAAAAGUUUGUGCAACAACGGGUAAGAGGAAAGCGUGCAAGGACUGUUCAUGUGGACUCGCGGAUGAAUUAAGUGGUAAAGCUGCAUCGGAAAGCACCGUUAAAUCUUCUUGUGGAAAUUGUUAUCUUGGAGAUGCAUUCAGAUGUGCUAGUUGUCCUUAUCUUGGAAUGCCUGCCUUCAAACCUGGGGAGAAAGUACUUUUACCUGAAACUCAGCUAACCAUCGAUUCUUGAGUUUGUUAUUCAUUUGUCGAAAUACAGUUGUAAUAAACGCGUAUUGUUCUUAUUCGUGCAAAUAACU